GAGAGAGGAUCCACCGAGGCAAAAUACAUAUUACAAGAACAUUUGCAAAUUGUUGUGUAACACUACUCAGGAAAAAUGUGCUGAUAGUCUGGUUUGAAAAAUCGUUCUCGACAAACUGUCUCGCCUCCAUUCUAAUCAUUUGAGCGUCCUCGUUACACAAGUGAUAAAACUGACGCCACAAACAAAGUAGGAAAUUUUUGGUUCAAAUUUUUGGAGGUACGCUGAAUUCUGUUUAGAAGAUCAACUAAAAUGUGUCGUCAAGCCGAAGAGCCUGAAAGUCUGGACUCUUGGAACGAGUCACCAAGCAUGAAGAACCGGUACAAUUAUUCAAGAAGAUCGACUUUUGCCCAAGUACUGGUGACGCUAAUCCAGAAUUGGCUACUCAUCGAGAUGGGUCUGUACUCGGCGAUGAUCACAACUGUCAUUGGCGCACUCCACUUGAACCCCGAGGAGGCACUUAGUAUGAGCGACGAGCAAGCAUCCUGGUUUGGGAGCCUACCUUUCAUCUGCCACCCUUUGGCGAGUCUACUACUGUCCGGGUAUUUCCAAGACAAAUUCGGACGGAAAACCACGAUGGUCAUAGUCACGAUUCCUACAUUCAUCGCGUGGAUGUCCCUGCACUUCGCGCAAUCCAUCUACGUUCUUUACAUGGUGUCCGCAAUCACAGGGAUGUGCACAGGGCUCACCGAGGCACCCAUCCAUUCUUACAUCGGUGAAGUCAGCGAACCGCAUCUUAGGGGGACUCUCUCAUCUAUCUCCACGUCUGCCACUUUAAUAGGAAUUUUCGUCAUGUACGUUUUGAGCUACUUGUUCGACUGGAGAUCUGUUGCUCUGAUCUGCAGCGCAAGCCCAGUUAUCACAUUCACGUGUAUGACCCAGAUCCCCGAAUCCCCAACAUGGCUAAUUGUGAAGAAUCGGUAUGAGGACGCUCGCAAAUCCUUAUGCUGGUUGAGAGGAUGGGUUGAACCGGGCAAAGUGGAGGAGGAAUUUCAGGCACUCGUUAAACAUGCGAAAGAUUCGCUGCGGAAAAAUAAAUCAGCACAAUCAGUUGGAGAUGGUCUCAUUAAAGAAGGUGGCUAUCUCAAGACACAGUUCAAAGAGAUGACCAGUAGAAAAGUGUUGCUCCCGCUUCGACUUAUUCUGAUCGUGUUUGUGUUCCGAGAAAUCACCACAUUUAGUGCAAUCAGACCAUAUCUAAUUGGUGAAUUGCAUAAACUACGAACACCUAUCAACGCCAAGCUCGUUUUGAUAAUUUCAGAGGUCCUGGUGUUCAUCGGUGCGAUGUUGAAUGUGGCUUGCCUCCAUCGAUUUGGGAAACGAAAAAUCGCUAUACUUGCCAACGGGAUCGUCGCUCUUUGCAUCCUGGGUACGGGGGUCUACAGCUCCUCCCUCCAGGACUCAACCUGGAUGCCGCAGGCAGCCUGGCUUCCCGUUAUUUUUUGGCUUACGCUUAAUUUCUUCUGCGGCUUCAGUGCAGUACUCUUACCGUGGCAAUUGGUCUGCGAGAUCUUCCCCAUCGCCGGUCGUGGGCUAGCAUGCGGUAUCACGGCAGGCACAAAGUACUUGAUACAGUCGGCCAUGAUCAAAUCAUACUUGUUCAUUGAGAACUGGAUUAGCCUCAGCGGUAUGAUGUACCUUUAUGGGACUGGUGCAGUACUAGGAGUUAUUCAUCUUUAUUUCUGUCUACCGGAAACCGAAGGAAAAACAUUGCAACAGAUUGAAACUUACUUUACAAAAAAUCACGAUCGCAAAGAAAAGUAUUCGAUCGGAAAAGCGGCUAGAGUUGAACAUCACCCUGGUAGCGUUGACUGUUAAAUUUUGAAAAAAAGAA